UGGGUGUGUGCACAAUGCCUGUGUUACGGGUUUGUGUAGGUGGCUGUUAUGUGUGUGCAUGCGUGUAUACAUCGUGCAGGCAUGGGACAUGGAGACCCAGGAUCACAGUUUAUGCUUUUCAGGUUUGCUGUGUGUGUGUAUACACGGGUGUGUGUUAUUUUCUCUGUACAUGUCACUGCAUGCAGCACUAAUAACAGGAUGUUCAGUGUUUCUGUCACUCUGUCCCCCUUUCCUCUGUGUUUCUGCUAUUCUUUUCCUGCGGCAACAAAAGUCUUUAAUAAGCGUACGUGUAUGUGGCCUCUGUGUUCCUGUGACUUAUGAGUGAGUUCAUGGAUCUUAAUUCUUGAUAAUACGUGUAAGGUUAUAUUACUUCCAAGAACCAAGCAAGCCAAUUAGCAAAUUUGUUCUUCUGUUAAUGCUUUAGUUCCAAAGCAGAAUUUUAAUGCAUUUAAAGUUAGACUUUAUGCCUUUAUUAGAUGAGCUUGCACAUGAAAAUAAUGGCUGAGCUUGGUUCCCUGAAAUGAGAGUGAGGCAGCCAUACCUGAGAAAUGCAGAAAAAUGUUACUAGGGAAGAGAUAUCCUGAACCAUUGGAUGCACUGCUUAGUGUGUGCCAGAAGGAUAAUUAACACAUUUGCUCCUGGUUUUUCUUUACUCCGGUGGCAAUCUUGGAUGCCUGUGUUAGAGUGAGAGAAGGGCUGGGGGAGGAGAGGGGGUUGUCCUGAGACAGAGCGGAUAUGGUUGUACUUUUCACGUGAAUGAAAGGAUGUUUGUGCUUCUGAGAUAUGGGGAUACCUUUCUGUGGUCAGCAUCAUGGUGUACUCAAGCAUGUAUUUCAGGGGUUAAACUGGAAUUCCCCUGCAUGGGGAUAUGCGCGUCUUAGGGUUAUAGGUCCAUUUCUGUAGUGUGCUGUCCACAUGAUUGCCCAAGAGACUUGGGCCACAAAGUCCACACGAGCAGCUCUCAUGUGGGUAACUGGGUUCAAGUAUGUACUCCCUUGUUGUAGUACUCACAUAUGUCAAAGCAUGUAUCCUGUGGGGUGUGUGGGCCUUAGGGUCUCAGAAUGUGGAUCCGUGCUAUGCCCGUGCUCACAGUUGUCUGUAUGUCUCAAAAGCACAUAGAUCCCCAGUUAUUUUUUUGUAUUGUGGUUCUCAUAUACACGUACCACUACAGCUCAGUGUAUGUUUCUGUACUAUACACCUGUUCCUGAGGGAGUGAUAGGGUUCUCGUGUCAUGGGGUCCACCACCUGGGUUUUACAGGUAAAGGGGAGCUGGGGACUGAUUCUAGGGCAGUUUGCAGGCAAUUUGCAAUUCUGGAAGCAGACAGUGAAAAUAUAAUUGUGGUCCUCCCUUGUUCUGUUCUGGAACCUAGAGGGUUAACAGGCAGCUCUUCCGGUCCACCCCCCUCCUUCCAGCCUGUAGCUUCUUGUUGCCGUGGAGAUGCUGGCCCCGCCCCUGAUGCAGCACCUGCCCCCCCAUUGGCUGCAGUGGUGACUGUGGGGCUGAGGGGGGAGCCCAGGCCUGGGCAGCCAUUCUGGAGCUGGAGCCGGAGCUUGGCAUCCCCCCACUUACAUUCUCUUCCAGCCCCUCGGCCCCUCUAAAUUCCCUUGUAGCCGAGCCUCAGCUUCCUUUUUCAGAGCUUGCCAUCCCUCUAGGCUCUUGGCAGGCUGAGCUGCAUCCGCAUUCACCUCCCCUCCUCCUCCUCUCCCUGCCCUUACUUGGGAGUCCCCAGAACCCCCACUGCCCAUCCUUCCUGUUCCCUGCCCACUCCCCUGCAUUAUUUGCUUUUCCCCUCCCCCACCUUCUGAGCCCCUGCCACUGCAGUGCACGUGGAACCGGCUCCUUCUCCCCUCCCCCCACCUGCCCCUUCCUUGGAUUUUCUGUCCCCGGCUUCUCCCCCUGCUACUCUUCACAGGUCUCUUCCAAGACCUCCCCCUCCAGUCCAGGGAGGGGGUCAUGGGAGGCAGCCCUGGCCCUCCAGACAGACAGGGGUUCCAGGAGGUGGGGGGCAGAUGGAAGAUGUGUCCAGCAGGGGGAAGAGGAAAGCCUGCCUAUGGGCAAUGACCUUUAACCCAUCUUUCCCCCCAGCUGGCCCCUUCUGGGGUGGGUGGGCACCAGGGACCUAGCCUCCCUGGAUCUUUGGUGUCCUUCAUUACUGGGGUUUUACUGACCCUCUCAGCCAUGCCCCCCUGCUGACUGCUAGCCCCAGUCAUGGGCCUAAGGCCUCCCACCCCAUCCCCCUCAGGGGGCUCCUGCUCAGGUUCCUUGCCCCCUCCUUCCCGCUGCCAGCCUCUCCGCCGUCGCUGCUCUUCCUGCUGCUUUCCGGGGGAAUACCACUUGGGUCGCUCGAGGAGGAAGAGUGUCCCAGGGGGGAAGCAGUACAGCAUGGAGGGCGCCCCUGCUGCGCCCUUCCGGCCCUCGCAAGGCUUCCUGAGCCGACGGCUAAAAAGCUCCAUCAAACGAACGAAGUCACAACCCAAACUUGACCGGACCAGCAGCUUUCGCCAGAUCCUGCCUCGAUUCCGAAGUGCUGACCAUGACCGGGCCCGGCUGAUGCAAAGCUUUAAGGAGUCGCACUCUCAUGAGUCCUUGCUGAGUCCUAGCAGUGCAGCUGAGGCAUUGGAGCUCAACUUGGAUGAAGAUUCCAUUAUCAAGCCAGUGCACAGCUCCAUCCUGGGCCAGGAGUUCUGUUUUGAGGUAACAACUUCAUCAGGAACAAAAUGCUUUGCCUGUCGGUCUGCAGCCGAAAGAGACAAAUGGAUUGAGAAUCUGCAGCGGGCAGUAAAGCCCAACAAGGACAACAGCCGCCGGGUAGACAAUGUGCUAAAGCUGUGGAUCAUAGAGGCCCGAGAGCUGCCCCCCAAGAAGCGGUACUACUGCGAGCUCUGCCUGGAUGACAUGCUGUAUGCACGCACCACCUCCAAGCCCCGCUCUGCUUCAGGGGACACCGUCUUCUGGGGCGAGCACUUCGAGUUUAACAACCUGCCGGCUGUCCGUGCCCUGCGGCUGCAUCUGUACCGUGACUCAGACAAAAAGCGCAAGAAGGACAAGGCGGGCUAUGUCGGCCUGGUGACUGUGCCAGUGGCCACCCUGGCUGGGCGCCACUUCACAGAGCAGUGGUACCCUGUAACCCUGCCAACAGGCAGUGGGGGAUCUGGGGGCAUGGGCUCGGGAGGGGGAGGAGGUUCGGGGGGCGGCUCAGGGGGCAAGGGCAAAGGAGGUUGCCCGGCUGUACGGCUGAAAGCACGUUACCAGACAAUGAGCAUCUUGCCCAUGGAGCUAUAUAAAGAGUUUGCAGAGUAUGUCACCAACCAUUAUCGGAUGCUGUGUGCAGUCUUGGAGCCUGCCCUGAAUGUCAAAGGCAAGGAGGAGGUUGCCAGUGCACUAGUUCACAUCCUGCAGAGUACAGGCAAGGCCAAGGACUUCCUUUCAGACAUGGCCAUGUCUGAGGUAGACCGGUUCAUGGAACGGGAGCACCUCAUAUUCCGCGAGAACACGCUCGCCACUAAAGCCAUAGAAGAGUAUAUGAGACUGAUUGGUCAGAAAUACCUCAAGGAUGCCAUUGGAGAGUUCAUCCGUGCUCUGUAUGAGUCUGAGGAAAACUGCGAGGUAGACCCUAUCAAGUGCACAGCGUCCAGUUUGGCAGAGCACCAGGCCAACCUGCGAAUGUGCUGUGAGUUGGCCCUGUGCAAGGUGGUCAACUCCCACUGCGUGUUCCCGAGGGAGCUGAAGGAGGUGUUUGCUUCGUGGCGGCUGCGCUGCGCAGAGCGAGGCCGGGAGGACAUCGCAGACAGGCUUAUCAGCGCCUCGCUCUUCCUGCGCUUCCUCUGCCCAGCGAUUAUGUCGCCCAGUCUCUUUGGGCUUAUGCAGGAGUACCCAGAUGAGCAGACCUCACGCACCCUCACCCUCAUUGCCAAGGUCAUCCAGAACCUGGCCAACUUUUCCAAGUUUACCUCAAAGGAGGACUUUCUGGGCUUCAUGAAUGAGUUUCUGGAGCUGGAAUGGGGUUCCAUGCAGCAGUUCUUGUAUGAGAUCUCCAACCUGGACACGCUAACCAACAGCAGUAGCUUUGAGGGUUACAUCGACUUGGGCCGAGAGCUCUCCACACUGCAUGCCCUGCUCUGGGAGGUGCUGCCCCAGCUGAGCAAGGAAGCCCUCCUGAAGCUGGGCCCACUGCCCCGGCUCCUCAAUGACAUCAGCACAGCUCUGAGGAACCCCAACAUCCAAAGGCAGCCAAGCCGCCAGAGUGAGCGGCCCCGGCCUCAGCCCGUGGUACUGCGGGGGCCAUCGGCUGAGAUGCAGGGCUACAUGAUGCGGGACCUUAACAGCUCCAUCGACCUUCAGUCCUUCAUGGCUCGAGGCCUCAACAGCUCUAUGGACAUGGCUCGCCUCCCCUCCCCAACCAAGGAAAAGCCACCCCCACCACCACCUGGUGGGGGUAAAGACCUGUUCUAUGUAAGCCGUCCACCCCUGGCCCGUUCCUCACCAGCAUACUGCACGAGCAGCUCGGACAUCACAGAGCCAGAGCAGAAGAUGCUGAGUGUCAACAAGAGUGUGUCCAUGCUGGACUUACAGGGCGAUGGGCCUGGUGGCCGCCUCAACAGCAGCAGUGUUUCGAACCUGGCAGCCGUAGGGGACCUGCUGCACUCAAGCCAGGCCUCGCUGACAGCAGCCUUGGGGCUACGGCCUGCACCUGCUGGACGCCUCUCCCAGGGGAGUGGCUCAUCCAUCACGGCAGCUGGCAUGCGCCUCAGCCAGAUGGGUGUCACCACAGACGGUGUCCCUGCCCAGCAACUGCGAAUACCCCUCUCCUUCCAGAACCCUCUCUUCCACAUGGCUGCUGAUGGGCCAGGUCCCCCAGGCGGCCAUGGCGGGGGCGGUGGCCAUGGCCCACCUUCCUCCCAUCACCACCACCACCACCAUCACCACCACCGAGGUGGAGAGCCCCCUGGGGACACCUUUGCCCCAUUCCAUGGCUAUAGCAAGAGUGAGGACCUCUCUUCCGGGGUCCCCAAGCCCCCUGCUGCCUCCAUCCUUCAUAGCCACAGCUACAGUGAUGAGUUUGGACCCUCUGGCACUGACUUCACCCGUCGGCAGCUUUCACUCCAGGACAACCUGCAGCACAUGCUGUCCCCUCCCCAGAUCACCAUUGGUCCCCAGAGGCCAGCCCCCUCAGGGCCUGGAGGUGGGAGCGGUGGGGGCAGCGGUGGGGGUGGCGGGGGCCAGCCACCUCCAUUGCAGAGGGGCAAGUCUCAGCAGUUGACAGUCAGCGCAGCCCAGAAACCCCGGCCAUCCAGCGGGAAUCUAUUGCAGUCCCCAGAGCCAAGUUAUGGCCCCGCCCGUCCACGGCAACAGAGCCUCAGCAAGGAGGGCAGCAUUGGGGGCAGCGGGGGCAGCGGUGGCGGAGGGGGUGGGGGGCUGAAGCCCUCCAUCACCAAGCAGCAUUCUCAGACACCGUCCACAUUGAACCCCACAAUGCCAGCCUCUGAGCGGACAGUGGCCUGGGUCUCCAAUAUGCCUCACCUGUCGGCUGACAUCGAGAGUGCCCACAUCGAGCGGGAAGAGUACAAGCUCAAGGAGUACUCAAAAUCGAUGGAUGAGAGCCGGCUGGAUAGGGUGAAGGAGUACGAGGAGGAGAUUCACUCACUGAAAGAGCGGCUGCACAUGUCCAACCGGAAGCUAGAAGAGUAUGAGCGGAGGCUGCUGUCCCAGGAAGAACAGACCAGCAAAAUCCUGAUGCAGUAUCAGGCCCGACUGGAGCAGAGUGAAAAGAGGCUAAGGCAGCAGCAGGCAGAGAAAGAUUCGCAGAUCAAGAGCAUCAUUGGCAGGCUGAUGCUGGUGGAGGAGGAGCUGCGCCGGGACCACCCCGCCAUGGCUGAGCCGCUGCCAGAACCCAAGAAGAGGCUGCUCGACGCUCAGGUGGAAAUUACAAUGUCAUUUAUCUUCUCCGUGUCCCAUCCCCAUCCAUCCCACUGUCUUUCGUGCACUCACUACACCAGCCACCGAGCCCCAUCACCAUCUGUCUCUCAUAGUCUGCAGUUUGUCCACUGGCUGCUCCUGGCAGCCCCCUAGUGACCCCAUCUUCAUCCCAUCGUCUGUGCCUUUGUCACUCCUAGCAGCGUCAGCCCAACUCCUGUGCCUUCCCAUCCAGUCUUCCCACUCCUGUCUGCAUCUCGGGACCUUCUCUACCAGAACCUUGGUCUUUCUGCCCCUAGACCCCACCUAGUUCCGUGAACCCCUGCCCCUUCUUUGCCCACUCCUGUUCAACGCAUGUUGUUCAGCUUCCUCUGAGCUCUUGGGCCAGAGGGCUAGAAGCUGCUAUUUUCUGGAAUAGAGCACAGGGCAGUAUGAUCUGUAGUUUCCCUAGGCCCUGGCCGGUACCCUGAAAACUUGGGGACCCCAUCACCUCUGUUCUCUUGGCUCCCCAAUUUUCCUGUCUCCUUGGCAGCUCCUGCAUAGCUUCCUCUUCCUGACUCUUCAGAUCUUGAAGGCCUUCCAUCCUGUAACCUCCCUUUUCCCUCAGAAUUUAAGUCCAGGCUCCCUUUGGCCUCCCUCUGGCCUCCCUCCCACUCUGGCCCUCAUACCUUCCCAGCUGCCUGCUGCCCAGCCUCUCUUCUCAAAAGCCAGCUUCUAGGACCUCCCUUCUGCACCCUUACCCCUUGCUUUCCCAAAAUUCUGCUCAUUUUCCUACCCAUACUCCUCUUUCCUCUGCUCUGACUGCUAGGCUCCCCCUGCCUGCCAUGCCCCCACCAAGGCUCCUGACCCCAUGACCCCACUCUCUCCCA